CGUCAGAGCCGUCCGCGGAUGCCUGCUCCGCCUCUCCUGUCAGUAAACCCUUCAGUCCUCUCACUGCUGCGGCCCCCGUGGCCCCUGGCUCCAGCUGGGUUUGGGAUACUGCUCACAUCCACCAUGCGGACUCUGCUGGAGAGCAGCUGGAUGCGGUUUGGACCGGCUGGCCGGGACUCUCUGGACUGGUCGACGGUGCCCUCGGCUCUGCCUUCCACCGACAGACAGGCAACGGGCCAGAGCUCAGGCGAGUCCAUCCUCAGCGUUGGCUCCAUCACCUACGUUGCCAUAGCAACCGCCUCCUUCCUCCUCGUCUUCCUCAGCAUCCUCGGCUUCCACAUGUGCCGGCGCAGACGAGGCUUCAGCCUGGACGGAAAGCUGGACCUGACCAACGUGAUCGCCCUGGAGGACCUGCAGGACCCGGAGAAGAACUGCGAGCUGCUGUCCUCCCUCCGAGGCAGCAGGGGGCAGCAGCUCUCCAGCUGCAGCUCCGAGCAGGACGUGACGGACGGCGUCUUCCUCAUGGUCUACCUGCCCUCUCCUUACGAACAGACACUCACCCGGAUUGCCAGAGCGGCCAGCACAAGCAGCUCCAAAGAUCUGGAGCUGCCGCCAAGUCCUGGACCGGAGACCGGCUGCAGGGAUGAAGAAGAAAUAUUUGUGAGAGAAAGAGGAGUCGCUCAGGAUAACGUCAAAGACUGACUGUAUAAAAGGAGAUUGGAAGAUUGGGGAAAGAAAGAGUGAAUCUCCGCGUAACAACAAGGUCUUCCAAGCACCUAAAAUCCACCAUGUAGAUUCUGAGAAUUUUAUUUUAGACAGACAUAAAGCUUUCUUUGGUGGAGUGAUACCAAUAUUCUGUCUGCAAAGUUGCAUUUGGAGAAACCCUAAAAGUAACAAUCUGCAAGAAAACUCAUCUGGAUUUGUGUCAUCGGUUUGAUUAAACGAGAGUGCUGUCAAACGCAUCUUAAACUAAAAACAAUUUCCUCUUUUCCUGUUUGUACCCGACACUGUAAAGAUUUAAAUCUGCAUAAAAACAUUUGUUCUUCACUGAAAUGUUCCUGUAUUUUUCAUAUCUAAUGUUUUUACAUAGCUGUAUUUUCCCUAAAGAAACUUUGCUAAAUCACUUGUAGUAAAGAUUUAUUUUAUAAUUACACUUCUGUUUGUUUUCGUUCUAAUUGCUGUAAAUCUGCUGGACGUCUUUGUUUGAUAA